UGGCGCAACUGUUCAACAUCUCCAGCCCUCUAGUCAUGGCUAUUUUCAAUGGUUGAGAAAGAUCGGUGGUUUGGGGAUGGUGAUCAGCGCGUACGAGAAAUGUCUUGGCUCAAGAUAAGAUGUGGUGAGUUUGAAUCGCGACCGUUGAUAAAAAGGCAUAACUUUCUAUAUCCGGCGGACCCUUCCUCUUCAAGCUGAUACCUCACGCCGUUGACAACGUGACAAAUCCAGCUCACUGCACAUAUACACGCCGUAUAUAUAUAAUCAUAACAGUCCUUAUGCUUGCCAUAACUGUCCGCGCAAUCCGCGGUUUUAUUCUUUUCUUCAUCAUUCCAACGACUGAUCCACAGUUCCAUAAACCGCCAUGGACGGCGGCGGAGGACCGGCACCGGUGGGAGUGCAGAUCCAGCAGACUCGGCGGCUGCCGGAUUUUCUCCAGAGCGUCAACUUGAAGUACGUGAAACUAGGUUACCACUACUUGAUUUCGCAUCUGUUAACUCUGUGUCUGAUUCCUGUGAUGGUCGUUAUUAUUAUCGAGGCCUCUCAGAUGAAUCCAGAUGACAUUCGCCAGUUAUGGCUUCAUUUGCAGUACAAUCUCGUUUCUGUGAUUAUCUGCUCCACCGUUAUGGUCUUCGGAUCCACGGCUUAUAUCAUGACCCGGCCGCGGCCGGUGUAUUUGGUUGAUUACUCCUGUUAUCAGCCUCCCGAUAGCCUCAAGGCUAACCAUCAUCGGUUCAUGGAUCACUCUCGGCUCACAGGAGACUUCGAUGAUUCCAGCCUCGAGUUUCAGCGUAAGAUCUUAGAGCGGUCUGGCCUUGGGGAUGAGACUUAUUUCCCGGAGGCUAUGCACUGCGUCCCCCCUCAGCCGUCUAUGCUGGCUGCCAGGGAAGAGGCAGAGCAGGUUAUGUUUGGUUCAUUGGAUAAUUUAUUCGCCAAUACUUGUUUAAAACCAAAAGAUAUAGGCAUACUCAUUGUAAAUUGUAGCCUGUUUAAUCCAACUCCGUCACUUUCUGCUAUGAUUGUGAAUAAAUACAAAUUAAGAGGCAAUAUUAGGACUUUCAACUUGGGGGGUAUGGGUUGUAGUGCAGGUGUGAUUGCUAUUGAUCUAGCCAAGGACUUAUUGCAAGUGCACAGAAAUACCUAUGCUGUUGUUGUUAGCACAGAAAACAUCACACAGAAUUGGUAUUUUGGGAAUAAGAAGUCUAUGCUGAUACCAAAUUGUUUGUUUAGAGUGGGAGGUUCUGCUGUUCUUUUAUCUAACAAGUCAAUAGACAGGAGAAGGGCAAAGUAUAAGCUUGUUCACGUCGUGAGGACUCACCGAGGGGCCGAUGACAAGGCCUUCCGUUGUGUUUACCAGGAACAAGACGAAAACGGCAAGACAGGAGUUUCCUUGUCAAAAGAACUAAUGGCAAUUGCUGGUGGUACUCUGAAGACCAAUAUCACCACACUUGGUCCCCUCGUAUUGCCAAUCAGCGAACAGCUUCUCUUCUUUUCUACAUUGGUAAUCAAGAAAUUAUACAAUGAGAACAUCAUGCCAUAUAUUCCAGAUUUCAAGCUGGCAUUUGAUCACUUCUGCAUACAUGCUGGGGGAAGGGCGGUGAUUGAUGAGCUGGAAAAGAAUCUCCAACUCCUUCCAACACACGUGGAGGCCUCCCGAAUGGCACUACAUCGAUUUGGUAAUACUUCAUCCAGCUCUAUCUGGUAUGAGCUGGCAUAUACUGAGGCCAAGGGAAGGAUGAGGAAAGGACACAGAGUGUGGCAGAUUGCAUUCGGGAGUGGUUUCAAGUGUAACAGUGCUGUUUGGCAAGCACUUCGUAACGUGAGGCCAUCCACUAAGAGUCCAUGGGAGGAUUGUAUUGACCGUUAUCCAGUGAAAGUAGUGUUAUAGUUUCAUAGGUUAUGGUAACUCUUGAUAAUUGGUAUACAGUUUUCCCGAUCUGUUAUUCUCUGUGCUGCUUGUGCAUCCCUUUUUUCUGUUUCAUAGGGCUUGUACUUUCGGUUUUUAUCUUCCCUUUCCUGGUCCAGUGUUUAGAAUUUAUGGCUUUGUUCGGUUACCAUUUCAUAUGAAUCUAGUGUUGCAAUGCACUAGUGCAGUCUGUUAUUUGUGCAGGCUAUCGAGUAACAGAUGUACCAUUUACCAUUGGCUGCAGUAUUUUAAAAGAAUCAUUUUUGUUUUGGUAUAAUGCUUUCAUGAAAGAAACCACAGUGACAUGAGUUAAA